AUGGCGGCCCCAUUGCAAGCCAGGCAACGCGCUGUUCUCGAGGCGUACAAUCCUCACGUCGUGCACGUCGCCGCACCUGACAUGCUCGGUCACAGCGCGGUGCGUUGGGCCAGAGAAGUUGGCGCGUGCUCGGUGUGUUCAUAUCACACUGCGUUUGACACUUACAUGCAGUACUAUCGCGUCAGAUUGUUGACCCAUCCGAUCCAACACUUGCUCAAAGAUUUUUAUUCCAUGUGCGAUGUCGUCGCCGUACCGACGUACGCCGCGGCGAACCAUCUCCGUUCGAUCGGGAUUCCCGGAGAAAAGAUGGGAUUCUUUCCGCGAGGAGUCAAUCAAACGUUGUACAACCCAUCGAUGCGCGAUGACGAGUACAGACGAGAUGUCUUCGGCGCAUCGAGCGACGAUAUUGUCAUUCUAUGGGUCGCUCGCAUCGUUCGCGAGAAAGGUCUCGGGAGCUUUGUGAAAACGAUCCAGUCGUUGAACAAGGUCGCGCAGCGCGAGGCGGAUUUACCAAAGUUUCGAGUCGUCGUCGCCGGCGAUGGACCGGAUUUGGCUUGGGUGCGAUCAAGCUUGAAGCAGUUUGAAAACGUGGUGAUUCUAGGUCAUAAAGGUGGGACAAAUCUCGCGAAAACGUACGCGGCGGGAGAUAUAUUCUUCUUCCCGUCGAAGACAGAGGUGAUUCCAAACAAUCUCAUCGAAGCCAUGGCUUCAGGGUUGCCCGUGAUCACGGAUGACGUUGGUGUGAAUCGAGCUAUAGUGCAAGAUGAGGUGAGCGGGAUCAUUGUGAAGAACACGGCACCAUUGCCCGGCGACGUUACCAACUACGUCAACGCAAUCAGGCGAUUGAUGAAGGAUAGAGAGCUCGCGAAACGCAUGUCUGCCGCAGCGGUGGCGAGCACGAGUGGGUUGACGUGGAAGCGAACAUUUGAGUCGCUUCUACACGCGUAUGAUCGGUGUCGUCCGGGAUUGCCCUAUGCGAGGCACAUUCCGCGAGAAAGCCUCGAUCAACCGAAGCUUUUCCCGCCAAACGUCGAAGCCAUGGAGAAGCGUCGGGACGUCAUCGUCGACGACGGCGCGCCCGAGAACUCGCUCCUCUAUCGCAUAUCGAGAGGUAUUACCGGUGGAUACGUGCGCUCGCUCGACGAGGCGAAGCGCGAUGACGAUACCAUCGCCUCUCACGGUGUAUUCGAACGGAAACGAUAG